GUGUGAUUCCAGCCAGCAGAGUAGAAUAGAAUAGAAUAGAAUAGAAUAGAAUAGAAUAGAAUAGAAUAGAAUAAUGUUUGGCGUACGAAUAUUCUGGAACUGCUGAUCCUGAACAAAACGUGCGUCCUGCUGUCUGCGGCCUGCGCGGGUCAGAUGCGCGUCCACGCGUCUCUUCUACACCUGUCCGGUGAGCUCCGCUUCUCUCUCGCUGGAUUUAUUGAGACUCUAAAGGGAUUUGAACUCGAUUAACGGCACGAUGAAGGAGAAAUCAAAGACGGCGGCGAGGACGCGACGGGAGAAGGAGAACAGCGAGUUUUACGAGCUCGCCAAAAUGUUGCCGUUACCGUCCGCCAUCACGUCUCAACUGGACAAAGCGUCCAUCAUCCGGCUGACCAGCAGCUACCUGAAGAUGCGACUGGUGUUCCCGCAAGGUUUGGGUGAGGUUUGGGGUCGAAGUCGAUCGAUAGAAAACACAAACCAUGAGCUCGGAUCUCAUUUACUGCAGGUAAUAAUCAGCAAGAUGCUCCAGACGUUAGACGGCUUUAUAUUCGUGGUGGCGGCCGACGGGAAGAUCAUGUACAUUUCGGAGACGGCGUCGGUUCAUCUGGGCCUUUCACAGGUAGAAUUGACCGGGAACAGUAUUUAUGAGUACGUGCAUCCGGCCGAUCACGACGAGAUGGCUGCCGUUCUGACGCCUCAACCCUCGUACCACUCGCACUUCAUCCACGAGUAUGAAGUGGAGCGCUCGUUCUUCUUGAGAAUGAAGUGUGUUUUGGCCAAGCGUAACGCCGGACUGACGAGCGGAGGAUAUAAGGUCAUCCACUGCAGCGGCUAUCUGAAGAUCCGGCCGCUGAGUCUGGAGGCGUCUCCGCUGGACGGCUGCUAUCAGAACGUGGGUCUGGUGGCGGUGGGACACACGUUACCGCCCAGCGCCGUCACCGAGAUCAAGCUGCACAGCAACAUGUUCAUGUUCAGAGCCAGUCUGGAUAUGAAGCUCAUCUUCCUCGACUCCAGGGUUUCAGAGCUGACAGGAUAUGAACCACAGGACCUGAUUGAGAAGACCCUGUAUCACCAUGUGCACAGCUGUGACAGUUUUCACCUGCGCUGCGCUCAUCACCUGCUGUUGGUCAAAGGUCAGGUGACCACUAAAUAUUACCGCUUCCUGUCCAAACACGGCGGCUGGGUUUGGGUGCAGAGUUACGCCACCAUCGUUCACAACAGCCGCUCGUCUCGUCCGCACUGCAUCGUCAGCGUCAACUACGUCCUCACGGACACGGAGUAUAAAGGCAUGGCGUUGUCUCUGGACCAGCUGAACCCCAUCAAACCUGCGUUCCCGUACGCAAACCACCACGAGCCGGACGACAAAACCCCAGCGUCAAACAGCAGGAGGAAGAUCCUGGUUUCUCCGUAUUCACAGCAGUUCUCGUCCUUCCAGCCCGAGCGCUCAGAUUCCGACCGUGACAGCCAAUGGGGCGGCAGCCCUCUGACAGACUCCGCCUCCCCACAGCGCCUGGAUCACAGUGACGCGUCUGAAGCGGCGUGCGGCUCGCUGUGUUACGCUCUCUCUCAGGGUGACGUGAUGCACACGUGUGCUCAAACACACACACGCGCGGCUCUGUGCGAUCAGAGCGGCCGCUACGUCCUGGGCGUCAGCGGGAGAGAGGGGUGGUGGGACGCCACGCGACCCGUCCCGCCGCUCACUAAAGCAACUCAGCACAACGGAGGUGAAUUUGACGGCAGAACGUACCAUCACACUCACGCUCAUUGGGAGGACGAGCGCGCGGACGGCUCUCCUGGCUCGUCGGGCGAUUCGGGAGACAGUAGCCAUGACAACAGGGCGUUUCACACGAGCCCGCGGGAGUCCGAAAGCCUGAUGGGAGCCAGACAGGAGCCGAUCAAAGUGGAGGACGGCCGCAUGAGCGAUUACUUCUCCUCCGUCUGCCGCGGGCCGCCAGGGACCCGCGUCGCCUCGGACCGCCUCGUCCUGCGCCGGGACGACAAGGAUGGGAGUCCGGCCUCACUUUCUGGUCUGAGCAGUCCCGGGUCGGACAGACUGUCCUGUCGGCCGCCGUCUGUCUCUCCGCACCUCCAGGCUCAGGGCAGCCCGCUGCUGUUCUCCACCCCGGACAGAGAGGCUGCGGACGGGCACACGCGCUCGCUGCGCCCCCUCGCCGGAUGCAGCCUGGAGCCGCUUAACGGCCCCGAAAACCUGCGCGGGUUUCCCGCUCAUUAUGACGUGAGCGCACACGUGCACUUUCAGACCAGCGCCGCGCACAACGGCACAUCGGUCAUUAUCACCAACGGCAGCUGACCGGAAAAACACCCGCUGCUUUAUGAGUCUGUAAAGAUGGAAAAAAUCAUGCAAACAUGGAAACGAGAAGAAAAAUGACAACGUUGUUUAUACAGACGUGAUCAACAACACGUGUAGGUCAGAUCACAACAUCAACAGGGGAAGAAAUUAUAUUUUGCAUGAAGAAGAGACCGUGGCAUUAUUUAACAACCUUUACUUUGAUGCAAAUUUUGAGGUUUUUGUACAGCAUUAGUUGUACUGCUUUUAAUUUGUGGAUUUGAAUUGAAAAGAAAAUGUGAUUUACAGUAGAAGAAAAAUGAAGAAUGCAUGAAGACACUUUUUGGUUUGCACUGUGGCAUUAUUAUCAUGUCACUUCACCCCAGUUCUCAUUAUUUUAAUGCAAGUUUUAAAAAUCAAUACGAUUUUGCAUUAUUUACAGAUUUACAUAUUGAAAUAAAAUCUAUUAUUUACUUACAAAAACAAGAUCUUGAAAAAGGAAAAAUGAAGAAUGCAUGAAGAAAAUGAAGUUUUUUGUGGCACUGUGACAUUUUCAUGCCACUUCACCCCAGUUUUCAUUAUUUGAAUGCAAAAUCAUUUAUAUUUUGCAGUAUUUACAUCAUAAUUACAUUAGUUGUAACAUCUUUAAUUUGUUGCUUUUAAAUUGAAAAAAAUAGUAUUUCAGAGAGAAUACUGAAGAAUGCAUGAGGAUAAUUCUGUCUGUAUAUUAUGUUAAUUAAUAAGACUUUUUAAGUUGCAUUGGUUGUACUGACUUUAAUUUUAAAAAAUCUAUUGUUUACAGUAAUCAGGAAAAAAAAAGAGCUAAAAUAUGAAUGCAUGUAGAAAAUGAAGGUUUUUUUUGUUUGCAUUAGUGCAUGACAUUAUUUUCAUGUCAAUUCAACCCAGUUCUCAUUAUUUUGAUGUAAAAUCGAUUUUGGUUUUAUUUGGUUUUAUUGACUAUUGAAUCUCAUUAUUUUGAUGCAAUUAUGUUUUGCAUAAUAGUUGCAUUGGUUGAAAAAACUGAAAGAAAAUAUCCAGUUGAAUAACAAUAAUGAGAAUUUGAUUUAAAUAAUCAGCUUCAUUUUCUUUGUGCAGAAUAUAAUUUCUUGCCAUUUGAGGUAAAUACUUUUCAUCAUCCAUGAAAUGAUCAAUGCCGUCGACUGAAACGGAAAAGAAAUUUUGUAUUCAAUCGAUUUAAUAAAU